AUGUCUUUCCCAUACAAACACGUACUCCUUGUCGGUGCGACCAGUGGCAUCGGCCGAGCUAUGGCAGACCACUUCAUCGCGAACGGCGUCAAGGUCACCGCUGUCGGCAGAAGACAAGAGCGUCUCGAAGACUUUGUCGCGAACGUCUUCCUCAACGCUGGAACACAGACCGGCGCCAACUUCACCCGUCCCGACACUGUCAACCUCUCCGUCUUCCAGCGCGAGAUGACCAUCAACUUCACUUCUUUCGUGUCCAUUGUCCACGCCGCCCUUCCCCACCUUCUUUCUCGAUCCACACCAAGCUCGUUCAUAUUUACUGGCACACCAGUCAGCCUAAUUCCUGUCUUUGCUCUGCCGGCUUACUCGGCGUCCAAAGCCGCCUUGGACGCGUUCAUCAUGUGUCUGCGUGAACAGCUUCGCGACACCAACAUUCAUGUUCAGCACGUCAGUCCAGGACCUGUACAGUCGGAGCUGCAUGACGUGGGGAUGGGAAAGUCAGCGGGCCGAUCUUUCGGGAUGUCCCUAGAUGAGUUCGUGGAGGAGACAUGGGCUGGUCUGGAGGCUAACGAGAACGAUAUCUUUCCUGGAACAGUUGGAGGAUCAACAAAGGAGCAGUUCUUGGAGAUUGUUAGACUGAGAGGGGAAGCGUUUGAUCGGAUCUCAGGAUUGGUCAGGAAGAGGAUGGGUUAA